UUGGUAAAAUUGGAAUGGUGUUAUUUCCCAAUUAGCGUGGUAAGGUGCAAUUGAAAACAUUGUAUGGUUGCUUGGGUCGCGUUCGAAUUGUUUUGCCUUGCAGUCCAAACUCGGAGUUCACAAUUAAAACAAUGCUAACAACACUGCGCCUCGUCAUGUGUUUUACAGUUAACGUCAACCCACGCACAACGUUUUAUUAGAACAAGAAAAUAGAGGACCCGAUAAUUAACCGGUGGUCGCCCCUUUGUUAAUGCCCGCUCCUGUGGUUGUCAACAAGUGCUUCCGAAGCCGUAGCAGUAAUUUCCCAGCUAGUUGUGUAAGCUAAGUCGCUAGCUGUGUAGCAAUAGCCUGCCUGAGCUGGCUCCUAGCUGGCUUUCUUUCGGGUUGUUCGCGACCUACUCACUGACUGCCUGCCUGCUUUUCUGGAUAACAACACUGGAAAAUAAUAAAAGGAAUGGUGCAACCCCAACCUGAUGGUCCACUGCAGUGGGACAUGUCAGGAGAGGAUAGUGGAGGGGCCCUCAGGGUCCCACCUGAGCUGGCAGCCAACGAAGUGGUCACCAGGUUGCUUGGAGACAAUCAUCAGCUCAGAGAAGCCUUGCGGCGGAGUAACCUUGCCUUGCGUCAGCGCUGUGAAGAGAUGGAAUGUUGGCAGAGAAAGACGAGGGAGGAUAGGGAAUUUCUCAGUUGUCGUUUCCAAGAGGCCAGGGCUCUGGUGGAAAGGCUGGCACUGGAGAACCACUCUUUACAAGGCCUGGUGAAUGGACCGGCCUCCUCAUCCAGCCACUGCUGUAGCUCCAGCCAGACUGAAAGCUCUUUUCCAACAAAGAAUGGCCCACUUGAUGCACCACUGAUAUUUGAUCAACGGGAAAAGAUGACAGCGGAGGAAGCAGAUCAACACACGCAGACAACUCCCCCUCGUAGCUUGGGUGAUGCAAGUGUAUGUAGCUCCGUGAGUAGUGCCCUCCCAACCCCCCCUACCUCCCUUACAGAGGUAUCGGGGGGUUCAGUGGGCAGGGAAAAUGGCCAGCCCGUCCAAUAUGCAAAUGACUUCCUGCAAGUGAAGAGCCACAAAGAAAAGCUGGAGGAAGGCAUGCGCGAUCUGAAAAAGAAAAAUGAAGAGUUGGAGAGGCAGAGGGAUGAGGGUGAAAAGGAAAGAGAGAGAAUGCGUCGCUGCAUUGAUCAGCUGGCUGCCAAAUUGGCCCAAGCACAGGCAAGCAGCGCUGCCGAGGAGGCCGGCCAACAUCGCAGUGAAGCCCAGCACUCCUCUGACUGCUCUAGCCUGGCUAAACUCACAGAGCAGCUUCAGGCCACGCAGGGCAGGUAUCGUGAGCUAGAGGAGAAGCUUGACUACCUGCAGAAGAGUUCUGCUCAACGUGACAGAACCGAGGCUCUGCUGAAGCAAAAGGACAAGGACUGUGAGGCUCUCAAAGCUCAGGCAACAUCUCUCUUAGCAGAACUGAAUGAGAGGCAGAGCUGCCUGAACAAAAGCGAGCAAGAACGCAAAAUGCUGGAGGACAAGUUGUGUAGUAAGGUGAAAGCCCUGCAGGUGGCAGAGCAAGAACUGGAGCAGCAGAGGAAUCAGCAUCAUGUGAACAUGGACAAGCUUAUGUUGCAGAUUCAGAGCUUGGAGCAAGCCCUUAAGACGGAGAGAAAUGUUGUCACUGUGGAAAAGAAAAAACUGACACAGCUUCAGCAUGCUUACACGUGUCUCGUUAGAAGCUAUGAUUCUAUCCUCAAAAAUGAGGGAGGAGAUCUGUGCAGCCGACUGGAGGAGGCUGAGAGAGCACUGGCCCUCAAGCAGGACCUGAUUGACAAACUAAAGGAGGAGGUCGAGCAGCAAAAAGGCUCACUGGAGACGGUUCCUGUCCUUACUGCGCAGGCUGAGAUCUACAAAGCAGAUUUCCUUGCAGAACGAGAAGCAAGAGAAAAGCUAAACCAGAAGAAAGAAGAGCUGCAGGAUCAGCUGAAUCACGCUUUGGCGGAGAUCGAUAGGCACAAACAGGAAGCCACAUCCCGGGCACGUAUGGAGCAGAUGAAGCUGAGGCAUCAGGAGGACUUUCCAACACGGGUUCCACACAUUCCGCCUACACAGGGUGGAUUUUCUGCCGGAGCGUUCAACACGGCACCCCCUCCAUCAUUGUACCGCAAUCCAGGAUUGGUGCAGCCUAGUGAUCAAGGAGCAGCAGGAGCUGAGGAUCUGCCAGACUUAUGUUGUCCCAAGUGCCAGUACCAUGCUCCAGAUAUGGACACACUGCAAAUCCACGUUAUGGACUGCAUACAGUAACAGAUUCAGAGUUCAUCUUCCCUUCAAUAAUCAUACAUCGACCAGCCAUACCAUUAUAAUCACUGAUAGGUGACUUGAAUAACAUAAGCCUUGUUACAAUAGCACCUGUCAUGGAUUAAGAUUUUAGACUUGGGUAUGUUGCCAUUUUACCCUUAAAGUUAAUUGAUUUGAGUCAGCAUCUCUGCGGGAGCGGCUAGUACCUACCUUAAGCGAUCUGAGAAUGGACAUCGAGUGACCCAACAACAGGAUAAUGGGCGCUAAAUGUAAUUGAUGUAAGUCUAACAACGUUGCUCCACAGAAAGGUACUAAAGCUUAAACUUGUUUAUUUUAUGUUAUUUUUUAAAGAAAUAACCUGUCGUGUUCAGCUGCUUAGACAUGCAGUAAUGGUGGCUCAGUCUACCUUUUCAUGCCAGAACCGUUCUGUUGUGCACUCGGAAUGUUCAAUAUAAUCCCUCUAUUAUUUGUACAAUGCAACAUGGGGGAGAGGGAGGCAGUGCUACAGGUAUGUAGUAGAUAUGCCGUGUCAGUCACCCUUGUUUAGAAUAUAAGUGUAGAAAGGUAAAAGGUUGUGGAUUUGUUUUUAUUUUUGUGUAACACCAAGGUCCAGGUGUUGACUUGGCAUCCAAAGUCCGUAACAGCAAGGUCCAGGUGUUGACUUGGCAUCCAAAGUCCAAACACUUGGAUUCAUUUGAGGUCCUUUGAGAUGUACUUGAGAGUAGGUGCCAACCCAGCGUCACAUAUUUAAUUUGUCUGAUGUUAAUCGUUUGGUGUCCCGAUACACCGUCAAAGGUUUUGUGACGUUCAUGUCAGAGCUGUUUUAGCUCCUAUACAGUGUUAAUCGGAAGAAUAUACUGAUAUGGCUGAUCGGUGUAGACGGGGGUCCCUUUCCAGCGCAGUGUGUAGCUGGGCUCAACAUUUUUCUAGUCGCACCUUACUUGCACUUAAAUGCAACACACAUUUAAUAAAGUUGACCUAAUAUGGACGCUUAAAAUGAUGAUGAUAGGAUAUCAAGAUGUGCCAAACACAGGACUUAUCUUGUGAACAAAAGAAAUAAUGACAUCUUUGUAUUCCUCUAGACCUGGUCCACCCAUUCACUUUCUGCUGUAGAGUUCCCCACUCUUCAAUUCUGUCCUUUUCCACUCUAUUUUGUUGUUGUCCAUUGCUUUUCCCAGGUCGCACCUACCCUUUAAAUGUAAUUCUUUGGCAAAAGCAUUUUCACAGGGUUUGUCCUUAGUCCCUGAUGCUUUUUUCUUUCUUGCUCUCACUUUACUCUGCUGAGACAGUGGUAACCUAAAGGAGGAACAGCUGAUGUGUGUGGAAUUAAACGUGUUCUUGAAUUGUAUCAUCCAUUGUUAUUUAACAAUAGUUAAUCUUUGGACCUGAAAUAUACCUUUAACAGAAAACAACAGUCAAAUAUUUUUUACAAUCUCCCUGAAGGGUAAACGUGAGCGAAUAACCCAGUGAGCUUUAAAUUAAGGUGUAUAUUCAAAUACUGUAUGUUUUGGUCAUUAAUGUUGCAAGUCUUCAUUACCUCAAAACACAUCUGUACUUGAGAUGGUUUAACUCUGAGUGAACAAAGUAGCCAUUCUCUUUGUACUGUGUCUAUGUAUACUGUCGACUACAUCACUGCUAUAUCACUGAGAACCUUUAUUGUGUACUCUUCUUCCCUGUAGCUAUCAAUUAUCUGAAUGUAAAAAGCAUUGAGGUCAACGUUUUUGUGAUUAUUGUCUGUUAUGAUAGAUAAUCUCUGUUGGUGUAAUGAAAAUUGUUUCAAUCCAUUGACAAAUCCCAAAUAAAUCAAAUGUUCAUUGGCUCACACAAGAUGCAUUCAUACCAUGAA